CAGCAGUGGAUGAGCUGGUUUACCGGAAAGUGACAUAAGAUGUUUUGGAGCUCAGCAGGACAGCGGGGAUGUGUCGGACUUCUCCGCUGCUGGUCCCUCGCGGCCAGCUCCAGGACACUCACAACCCCUCGCUGCCCUUCACGGUUCUUUUCCAUCUCUGCCACCUCGAAGUCUGGAACGCACGUGGAGGUAAACCCGCCUCUGAAGCAGUGGGCCCCGGAGGUGAGCCCCUUCAGCACGGUACGGGCACAGCUGGGCUGCAGUAUCUCCAUAAGCCCGCUGGACCCGCACGCCUUCCCUGAGGCUGAUCGAGCUCUCAUCACAGUCCACGGGACAGACACCGAGCAGGAGGUCGGUCUGGAUCACUUACACGUCCACUAUGAUGACCAGAGCAAAGAGCUGCACAUAUCAGCUGGGGAGGUUAACAACAGCGUGUUGAUUGAUCUAGCUGCACCUAUCAAAAGUAAUCUUUUCAUUACUACUCAAGGAAAUGGCAACGUGCAUGUGCAGAAAAUGGAGUGUGAUAUCUGCAAGGUGCAGACAGAGAAGGGUAACUGUUUUCUGCACUCAGUCAAGGGUCACCAGGUCGAGGUCCAGUCCCAGGGAGGAAACGUUACAUGUGUGGGCACUAUCCAUGGCAAUGUGAACAUCAGCACAUGUGGAGACAGUGCAGUGGUUGUCAAGAAGCUCCAGGGCACCAAAAUGAAUGUUUCAACAGAAUGUGGCCCUCUGAAGAUCAAAGCCAUCUAUGCGGAGUCCAGCUUCAUCUCCUCCUGCUCUGGGAAAGUAGAACUGGGGCAUGUACAUGGUGAUGCCACUGUGAAGAACGUGUCUGGAGAUACAGCUAUUGAUGGUUCAAAUAGCUUCCUGAAAGUUUCCUCUCACAGCGGAGGCAUUGAUGUCUAUGUGGGAGACGGUGGCAGUGCCGAACUUCACAGUCAGAAUGGAGCGGUGUGUGUGCGUGUCCCCUUCUCACUGAAAGCCGGGGUGGAGCUCUGUGGCACGUCAGUGGAUAUCAGCCCAGAGGUUGUUCUGCAUGGAGUAGAAAACAACACAACUGAAGGCCAAACCACAGUUACUGGCUAUAUAAAUGGAGAGUCUCCAGUGGACCGGUGGGUCAAAGCUCAGGCAGACAGAGGCUCUGUCAGACUGAAGACACAAAGCUGGUUUGAGUCCUUGAAGCUGGGGAGCUGAGUUAUGAGUGACACUGCAUCCCUGCUCAGGAUCUACUGUACUGUCAAUAAGGACAUUAUGUAUCUAUAGUAUUUAACAAAUAUUCUAUAUGUGUUAAAAAUCACUGUACAUACACUGAGUCUGGGUAGCAUACUGCAUAACAGCACUGUCAGUGGUUUUUUAAAUGUUAAUUAGAAACAGAUUUGAAUGUUUACUUGUGAUGUGAAAUAUUGCCAGGGAUUGCAUUUCUUCUGGAUGGUCUGUUAAUACUAUAAAAAAUAUAUUGUUAUGUCUCAAACUUUGAAAAGAA